GCGCGCGCACGGAGGCUCCAGCACGAGAGAAAUUUCCAUUGACGACCUGUGAUUGGAUGGCUUGGUUGGCGUCGGUGGGAUACCUAUCAGCGGUUUUCGUGGACCAUCCCUGCUCGACGGCAACCUGCGCUUUCAUCGGUGGCCGGAAGAGCUCUUGCUUUAUCGGCGUCACUUUAUCUCCGCGACGUCAGGGGAGCAUCAGGCGUGGGUUGGUGUUCUGCAUGGCACCGGAGGAGGAAAAGAUUACUCGCCGCUCGCCUCUCGAUUUCCCUAUUGAAUGGGAGAGGCCAAAGCCUGGGCGCAGGCCUGAUAUAUUCCCCAGGUUUAGUCCAAUGAAGACUCCACUUCCGACUCCAUGGCCGGCCGAUCCACCUGAGGAAGACGAGGAGAAAGAAGAAGAGGAGAGGCAGGAGGAAGAAGAAGAAGAAGAUGAUCCAGAGAAGGAAGGUCCUGAGAAGCCUGACAAGGCUUCCUAGUUACUUCCCAGCUUUCUUCUUUACUGUAUUUUGCUUCGUGUUAGAGGGUUAUGUGUGAGUUCUUACUCUCUUUGAUUUGUUUAUUUUGUUAUUAGCAUAGACAAAUCUGUAAAAUAAAUAAAUAAUCAUAAACUUAUUGCAGUUGUCUAAAUAAUUACCAAUAUGUUUAA